AUGAAUGGGCAACUUAGUCAGGGGUUCUCCAUUGACAACACUCAUGGCUCUCAGGACCCUCCAUCAUUGAAAUCACAGAGGGCCGCAAAGAAGAAAAACGUGUCUAGGAGAGGAACUGCAUUCACCAAAGAAGAGGACUUGGCGACUUCAGGUGGUUAUUACAAGAGGAUGCAUGAUUAUUUCAAUGAGCAUAAGCCUGAAGGGUCCAACCAUAGCCAGAUUGCGAUUCAGUAUAGGUGGGCAUUGAUUCAGAUAGCGAUGAACAAGUUCUGUGGGCACAAAGAAGCUAUUGAUAGGCUGAAUGAGAGCGGAAAAAAUGAGCAGGAUUGGGUAUACUUCCACUCAUGUUGUCCUCCAUCUCUCUAA